AUACUUCUAUACAGUCACACCGGCAACGUUAAACCGCGAAACUUGACCGGCACGAAUCCCAGUCAUCAUGACGCAGAGGAAAUCAUUACCAACAUUGCAGUGGACACUCCGGGAUCGGUCAGUUUUGCCGAGAAAACUUCGACUGAAAACCCACAGAAAUCGAAGAAUACUUGGACGCGAUUUCUCAUCGGCAUUAUCCCCCUUCUCGGAUAUGUUGCAUCCAGUGUGACGGAAUCUCAGAUGAAUAAUUUACUGUAUGCCACAAAAGCCGACGGAACUCCCAGCGCUUUCAAUGCACCUUUCACAUACGUCGGUCUGAAAUCAGCAUGCCGGCUUCUGACUUGGGUGCUAGGAAUUGCUGUGGCCUUUAUUUAUUACAAGGUCAAAGGGCGUCAUUUUUCAUUCCGGGAUUAUCGCAGAGAAUCAGAGACGGUGACCGGACCGGAAGGCCUUACUGCCUUUGUUUUGGUGCGGCAUUAUAUUCCCGUUGGAUUAUCACUCCUGGUUAUGCAAUGUGGAUUUAGCUUCUCGCUCAAAUACAUUCACCCGUCCGUUUCCAUCGCCAUCUUCACCAGCACUGUGGCAUUUUCUUACCUGCUGUCGAUUAUUUUUAUGAAGCACAAAAUUUAUCUGAUCAAGCUGAUCUUCGUUGUUGCAAGCUUCACCGGUGUCACUCUGAUCGCGUACGAUAGUAUUACGAAAGUUGCAACCGAGAAACCGGCACCAGAAAAUGCAACAGAUACGCUGACCACUACACUCGCCUCACAAACAUCCACGGCAGCGUCCGGCUCUGGAUCCAUUCAGACCGACGAGUCGUACAUCGGAAUAAUAGCCAUCUUGCUCUCCGCCGUCGGGCUUUCGAUUCAUCAAAUAUUAUACGCUCAGGCUUUCCCAAGCAGCAACCUGACUCAAGCUUCGUUUAUAAUGAUGAUCCUGGGCGUGACCAACACAAUUCUUUUUUUUCCUGUGCCACUGGUACUGCUGCUGAACGGCAACGAAACAGUUGACCUCGAUCGUUUGGAGUACGGAAUACUGGCAGCUUCUUUGAUCUGUUCAUUCUUGGUUGGUUUCUUAUAUGGCUAUGGCCUCGGCAUAACAUCGCCCUUUUUCAUGUCAUUGGGAGAAUUGCUAAGUUUAGGAACAAAUACAGUAAUCGACAUACAAACCAAAUCCGAUUUACAAGUCACCGCUUACCAGAUCGCAGGACUUGUGGUUGUGGCGGUGUCGUUUUUUGUGCUUAUCAUACCUGAUGAAAAGGUCUCCGUUCCACUGCGUUCCAAACGUAAAACAUCAGUGGAACUUCAAAUGCAGGAUGUACAACUGGAAAAGAGGAAUUAACUGCUUUAGCAUAGCAUUUCCUAUGUCUUUUGGUUAUUGACCAGAUUUGUGAUACGAGUAUAGUGGCACAAUGAAGUUGCUGCUUUAGCAUUUAAUGUUACUACCGUGUACUUAUUUACUAAUUAUUAUUUAUUAUAUAUAAUUAUCAGAUUUAGAUAUACAUAUAUUCUGUAGUCUGUACUUGUAUAAAUUAUAUUCUUCGUCUCAUCGUACUUUCUUUGAUUUUAUUUUAAUACGAUGUUAUUUUGAGAUUUUUGUUCAAUUGCUGCUGUGGUGCGGUGACCUGCGGCAUUCGCCGAUUUCGUCUUUCGCGGUAGUAUUUAAUAAAAGU